GAAUAGGAAUUUAUUUCAACAAUCAUUUCCUGCGCGUCUUUUGUGAAGCCACGUCAAAGCGCGUACGGUCUGCAUAGUUCUCGCAGACAAAAUUACAAUGUUGACAAAUAUAUCCGCGGACAAUCCAUAGAAUAUCGUUCAAACUUUGUGAAACGUUAUCUAUUGAAAUAACAAAACCUUGCAAAUUGAAGCAAAUAAUCUUAAAGCGUUCUUUUAAUCGUCGAUAUUCAAGCAAAUUGGUUAUUUCCAAAUAGGCGGAAAUAGUUUUAUUAUAAUACUAAAUCAGGCGAUAUAGCAUUUUUAAUUACGUGUAUACAACGUAGGGAAAGUAAUUUAUACGCUGUAAUAACAGAUCGAAAUAAUUGCCGAUCGAAAUUGCUGUAUUAAUAUACUUCAGUAUUUGGACGAAGGACUCGCACGUUCUGUCAACAAAAAGAGACGCAGAGAUCGCUCAUGUCUUCUGAACAAAUAGAACGGUAACAAAUACGCGCAAUAAAAGAGUGCCGGAACUUAAAAUUAUCGAUAAUGUAAAACAAGGAUACAUGUCAAUUACUAUUGCUUCAAGGGGAAAGUUUAAACAUUGUAGUUUGACAGAACUUUACUAUAUAUAGUAUCGCGGAUAUGAAGCAAUAGAUAGAACACUGUGCUUGUGUUUGUAAGAGGCAAGAUAGGUAACUCUGUACAAUCUUAAAAGUUUAAGUCGUGUUACAGCUCCUUGUAAAGAAAUAAGGAUGUGUUCUGACGCUGUAUGUGUUCUGACGUUAAGCAUACGUGCACGGUUUCCAGAUGAUUACUCGACGGGUAACUUUGUUUAAGAAGUUUGUUUAAGCUUAACACACUUACCAGUGGCUGGAAUCACAACUUGCGGUACUCAGGAGACGGUGUGAUGCCGAUGGGUGUGGAAACAGAACCCGUCUCUCCCGGACAGACGGUCAAAAGGGACACCACAGAGCAUGCGCACAGAAAGUUACCCAGACCGAUAGUGUUUUGGAGCGUUAACGAGAAGACGGCGUACCGCCGGAACCGCGUCGUGCAGACCAAGAUGAAUAAGCUGAUGAGUGACAUCACCACGCAGCGUAACAGCGCCCGGAAGUCCAUUCGCUACGAGGCGCAUAAGUUCCGUCAGAAGAGCGGCCACUUCUACAGCCACCCUUUAAACUAUACCUCAGGAGACUCCCAGUCGAGCGGAAGUAACAUCGCGCCGCCCAACUGGCGACCUCCGAGCGAGCAUACCUCUGGCAUACCCAAAUGCUCAAAGAGUGAGGAUGCAGUCAAUCCGAACCGAGGCCAGCGGAAAGCGUUGUUGUCUCCAAGAAAACAGGGCAUCAUAACACGGGCGACCAGACCGUCCGUGAAGUUCUCUGCGUACCGGGACGUUCAGUGUAUCGAGAAAGACACGAUGAUCGACGAUCUCGAUGUAAACCCGGAAGUGUGCUCCUUAGGAUUGGAAAAGAACGCGAAGCACAAUCCACUUUUCCGAAGCGUGUCUGCUGUCCAACAUCGGGAGAUUCCGGAUCUGCCUGGCCAGCGUCGCCAGCAUAGCGCGGCUCCUACAGCGCGGACAUAUGCCAACCUCAGUUUGGGAGAAAAUACACGUGAUCUCAAAAAUAAUAUUGAUUUUAAAGUGAACUGUUCUAGAACAGCAAGUGACAAUUUUAAUCGCCGAUCCGACCUCUAUUUCGAUCGAGCAAAGGCUGCCUACCAACUCCGACAGGACCUCCAGAGGCGCGCGAUGCAGCGAAAGCAGGAAGUGCAGACGGCGCUGUUCACGCUGCAGGACGCGCUGGCCAUAGAGAGGGCGCAGUUCCUGAGGAGCACGGACAGGGUGGUGGACUUCUUGCGGCGAGUGGUAGAGAUACAGCGAGCGGAGCGGCCUGCGGUGACCAAGUACACGAGGGACGCCAUCAUACAACAAAUGCACAUCUGAACACUGGACGAGAUAGGCCAUAUGUAAGGACGAAAUAUCGUGAAUCAUUUGCAUAUACAUGUGUUUUAUUAAUAUGUUUGUAAACGGCUCGUCAACGUUAAGCGAAACUCUUAGCUCUUACUGACGCUCGAGACUUCUCCCCCUGCUGCGACCCCCGCGCGAAGUCCUCUUUAGCCAUGGUCAUUAUACCAAGUAUACGCAGACGUAAGGCUGUGUCCGUGCAAUGGUUAAAGAUGUUAACCCAUCUUUAUUCAGUAUUAUCGUGGGAAAUAUUAUAUUCAGUUAUAUUGUCUACAAAAUAUUAAGAGUACAGUUGCCGUUGGAUUUGGCGACUUCACACUACCCAUUAUAUGCAUGUAGGUUAAAUAAGGGCCUGCUGUAGUUAUUGCAUUCACGCGUUCGACACGAUGUGAACAACAAGAAAGAUCACAACCAAUAUAAUAAUUAACACAAUGAUAACCUUAGAAUUAUCGAAAAAAAAUAUAAAUCUGACAGUGCCCCAUAUAUAAUGAUUUAUUUAUUUAUUUAACUGAAAACGCAAUUUUCGUGAUCAAACAGUAACAGUUCUUUAUAUAAACGUUAAAACACUGGUACGCUUGUAAAUCUCCAGGAGAGAAAAGACAAAAUCAAUAUGGAAUAUUCCUUAUACGAAAACUGUUAACACAUUAAACAUCGUUAUUGAAUUAAUUAUUGUGUUUUCUUUUUACAAAAUUAUAUGUGACCGCACAUAUGUAACACAGGUAUAAACAACACAAAGUAAUUAUAAGAUAAUAAUGUAUAGAUGCUUGUAUCACGUAUAUGUGUGUGUAUUGCUGAAAUAACAUACAGCAUUUAAUAUACAGUUCUGAAGUUAAAAAAAUGUGUAUGGCUGAAAUACAAAAGGCAGUUUAGAAAACAGAUAUUGAUAUUGUCCCAUUGCUUUAUAUCAAAACUAUGGUCUGGUUUGUUUUUAAUUCCACCUAUCAUAAUUGCUUUUCAAUACUUUCAAAUGCAUUAGUUUCAAUUCAACAGUAUCGUGUAUUAAUUCAAACCCAAAAUAAUUCCAUUAAAUACCACGACUCCGGUAUCAGAGAGUUUUUAAAAUGCAGUUUUUGUAACAAUAAUUCAUCAUUGGUGAGUCUGUGUUAAUUUCUUUGGUAAAGAAAGUCCCUUCUGCACGAAAUUCCAGUUAAAGCGAAAGUUUCGUCCCAGAUUAGCCUGUGCGGACUACACCCUAUCCGUUGUGGGAGCUGGGAAGGCAUUAUAGAUGUGGGAUAUGUGUAAAAGAUAGAAUAUUUCAUAGCGUUUAUUCUGUCAUGUAAAAUAAGAAGAUCCGGAACAUGGCAACCAAUCGACCCUGGUGGUAGCUUGAAUACUCUUGCUGGUGCAACGCAAAAGAGAAUAAUGCAUUUAUAUAAAUUUCAACAUCAUAUUUAUUAAUACACGUUUCUUGCUCGAGUGUACCUCAUGUACACAGUCAUCAUAUUAGCUUUCUUGCUUAAAUAUCUAUUUGUAUUUAAAUCAAAGCGAUUUAAAAGAUACGACUUAAGAGUAAUUUUACAAAUGGUGUGUAUUUCAGACUGCGAGAGAGGCUUCAGUACAAUUAAUAGGGUAAACACUGAACAGACUGCGAGAGAGGCUUCAGUACAAUUAAUAGGGUAAACACUGAACAGACUGCGAGAGAGGCUUCAGUACAAUUAAUAGGGUAAACACUGAAUCUCGUUCUUAAGUCUGCUGUUCUUAAUGCUCUGAUAAUGGUCAUCAUUGAAUGACCAGACAUUCAGCCAUUCGACUUCGGAAGAAUGAUGGAUGCCUGGCGCCAGGAGAGGCCUCGGAAAACAAUUGUUUUGGUUAGUUUACAUCUGUAAAACUUGUGGUAAAUAAUGUAACUGUAUUUUUGAUGUUGCAUUUUCCAAUCAGUUUUUAAGUUCUAAUGCUCAUUGUUAUUUUUCUUGUUAUUCGAUAUUAUAAUAUAUGACUUUAAUAAAUUAAGUUGAGGAAAAAUAAAUAAAUAAUAAAAAGG